AUGCAAUACCCUCUUAAAACGUUCUCAAUUGCAUUUCGCUAUUAUGAUGAAGAAAAAAUGGUACCAUUGCUAUCAUCUAUUAUGUUUCAUAAUGAUCUUCGUAAGUUUGAAUAUAAAGGAACAGAAGAAAUUUUCAAUAAAAUACAAUGGCCCAUUUCAUACCACAUAGAACACCUAACAGUUUUUUGUGAUUGCCGUUGGCGUACAGUUUGUUCCAUUCUUAGUCAUCUACGUUCUCUACGAACGUUAGCUUUGAAAGGGGCUAAUAAAUAUGAAUCUGAUAAGUUUAUUGAUGUACAGCCCAAUAUUACACAAUCAACUUGUUUAACUUCACUCUCGUUAGAAACCUAUACAAACAUUACAAUGAAUGAUAUUGAAUCACUUCUUUUACUUUUACCGAAAUUAACACAUCUUCGAUUAAUCGGUCAAGAUAUUUUAACUGAUCCAUCAUUAUUUGAUGGUUGUCGUUGGGAAAAUUUUAUCAAAACUAAAUUGACUUUAUUGAACAGAUUUGAGUUCUGGUUCACUCGAUAUGUGGUUGAUAACGUAGAUUGUACUAGUGUAGAAUCAUUGAUAGCGACAUUUCGUACAUCAUUUUGGCUUGAAACUAAGCAUUGGUGUGUUAAAUGUGAUCAUAUUUCCGGCAAAUAUCGUCAAUAUUUUUAUCUUUAUUCUAUACCAAUAUCUCUUGAUAUAUUUCAAUAUCCUAACCGAUACAGUGAAAUCUUACAUUCGAUAUUGAAUACCACCGAUGAUAACUCAACAAUCAUCGUAGAGACGCACGCAUUAUCUUUAGAUUUAAGUAAAACAGUGAAUGAAAGGAUUCAACAUCAGAUUUCCCCGAGAAUGAAUUAUUGGUUUCAAAGCGUGGUAGAACUUACUUUAGAAAUCGAAAAAAACUGGCCCGCUAACUUAGCUGAAUAUCUUUCAACAAUUCUUAAUCUAUCAAGCCUUCAAACAAUACAUUUAGAUUUCAAGCAAGAAUGCCAGUUUGUUGUAAGUUUGGAUAAUGAAGUCGAUACUCUAUUUAAACACGCACGGGAUCUUAUUUCAUGUAAAAUAAGUUGUCAUAAUUCUGAAAGAAUGAAAUUGAUAACUUUCAAUGCUAUCUGUUUAAAAUUGCCUCGUCGUAUCAAAUAUCUUCAAACUGAUAUUACUUAUGUGGAUGAUGCAAAAAUAUUAUUAGAACAGAUUGAACAUUUAUCACAUGUCACAUUUCAAAACUCUGACGCAUAUGGUUUCGCGAUUAAAAUAAUCCAACAGACUCCAAGAAUAGAAAGAGAUCUUGCAUACGAAAUUGAGUGUUAUGCAUGGAUCGAUGAUUAUCCAAGGGCCAAUUUAGUACACUUUUGGCUUGGCAAGAGUAUAAAUAAGCAAUUAAACAUACGAACUAACAAUAAACGUAUGAAGCGAGUUCGUUAA